AUGUCCCUUCGGUAUAUUCGUGACCGGAUCGUCAAGCGCGUUGACUUCAUCGCCGAAAGUCGCGCUCCCCUCGACACUGAUGGCGCGCAUCCGCAAAGCCACGUUUUUGAAAAGACGGUGACAGAGAUACACGAACUCCUCGUCAAACCCGCUUUUCAAGUUUCAGAUCUAGGCGCGUACUGGGAUGCGAUUCAAAAUCUGAGCACUGUUGGCCUCAACGACCGGGACUUGCUGCUUGAAAAAGUUCUCGUGUUGAUGUCGAGACUUCAACACACCAAAAUAUCGCUGAAGGUCCAACAGUUCGUCAUAAACCUCCUUUACAAGGAUCUGCCCCACCCACCAAGCGGCUAUUUGGGCCUUUCUCCGUCAUCUACCCUUUGCCAUCACCACAAGACAUUAGAAGACGCCUCCACACAUGCCCUUGUGAAAUAUGCUUAUCGCGCUGCUGAUGGAUCAAACUACAAUCCCCUCUUCCCCACACUCGGCAAAGCAGGGUCACCUUACGCCCGUUCCGUACCCUCCGCAAACAUCGUGCCGAGUUCCGCCCUCCCUGAUCCUGAACUGGUCUUCGAUACCCUCCUUCGACGCCAAAAGUUCGUCCCACACCCCGGAGGCAUUUCUUCCCUAUUCUUCGCGUUCGCGGAUCUGGUGAUCCACAGCAUCUUCAACACCAACCACUUCGACUGGUCGAUCAACGACGCAAGCAGUUACCUCGAUCUUAGCGUACUCUACGGUAGCUCCGAGUCGCAAGUCAAUUCAGUCAGGAGGAGAGAUGGAACUGGAAAAUUGUUCGAUGAUGUUUUCGCGGAUAGUCGUUUGCUAUUCAUGCCCCCAGCAAGCUGUGCGCUGUUGGUUUUGCUCAACAGGAAUCAUAAUUACAUUGCGGAGAAAAUCUUGAAUAUCAAUGAAAACGGCAAUCUCAGCUCGCCGCCUCCCGAAGACGAAAAGUUACGGCUGGCGCAAGAUGACGAAAUCUUUCAUCGAGCCCGCCUCGUAAAUUGUGGAUAUUUCAUGCAUAUCAUUCUCGGAGAUUAUGUAGGCGCAAUCUUGGGGCUCGUCCGUGAUGAAUCCGACUGGCGUCUCGAUCCCCUCAUGACGAUGCGUGAAAUCAGUCACGAAUUUGUCCCACAGGGUGAAGGCAACGUGGUUUCCAUAGAGUUCAACCUCCUCUAUAGGUGGCAUGCAACGCUGUCUGCACAGGACGAGAAAUGGACGGAAGGAGAGUUCAACAAGCUCUUCAAGGGCAAAAAUCCCAACGACGUUACCAUUGAAGAUUUCAAAAACGCGGCCCAUGAAUUUAUGUUACCCCCGAAGGACCCCAGAGUCUGGACUUUCAAAGAUUUGAAGCGGGAUGACAAGGGCCGUUUCAACGAUGCCGACCUUGCACAGAUUUUGCAAGAUGCUACAGAAUGGCGCGCAGGAGCAUAUGGAGCGCGAGGAACUCCUGAAGUUCUCAGAGUGAUUGAGAUUAUGGGGAUGAAACAGGCGAGGUCUUGGGGAACUUGUUCGCUUAACGAGUUCAGGAAGUUUUUGGGGCUCAGGCCAUACGAGACAUUUGCAGAGUGGAAUCCAGAUCGUGAAAUCCAUACCGCAGCGGCUGCAUUGUACAGAGACAUUGACAACUUGGAGCUCCACGUCGGUCUGCAAGCAGAGCAAACUAAAAAGCCCGGGCCAGGAGCUGGCUUGUGCCCUGGUUACACCAUCUCACGCUCCAUUCUUGCUGAUGCAGUUUGCCUCACUCGAGGAGAUCGUUUCUUGACUGUGGACUUCAAUCCCUUCAAUCUUACCUCUUGGGGAUAUCAAGACUGUCAAUACGACAAGAAAGACGGUUCAUACGGCGGUUUACUUACGAAGUUGCUUUUCCGCACAUUGCCGGAGCACUACCAACGGGGAUCAGCAUACGCCCACUUCCCUUUCUUGGACCCCGUAUUCAUGAGAGAAGAAAACUUGGCGAAGACAAACCCAUCUCUAGUCGACAAGUACAUCUGGACUCGGCCGCGCCAGGAUUCACCCACCGUUCCUUUCGACACUCUUGAGAGUGUCAAGAAAGUUCUAAAGGACCCUCACUUUGUGUCUGCCUACGACCAUCGACUUUAUAACGUAGUGAAACCUUUCCUGCCAAAGAAACGCCCAUCAGCAUUCACGACCGUGUCGAAGAGAUUGAGCAUUAUCAAGAAGUCGACUCCGACGACAGCGGUCACGCCUACGAAAGAAAACGAGGUUCCAGAAGCCAUAAGGCAUCUUCAUGAAGGGGUCUCACAAGUCUCCAGCCUGAUUCAUGGAGAAUCUACGGCCGACUGGGUGGCUUUCUUCAGCAAAGCGACCGAAGAUUUAAUCAAGGCAAAGGCGUUUGAACCCGUGUCGAAAGGCGUGAAAUACGUAGAUAUCGUCAAGGACGUUAUCAACAUUUUGCCGAUCCAUUGGAUAUCACAUAGCAUUGCUGGCCUACCCCUGAAGACGAGCGCGAAUCCCGGCGGUGUGUGGUACGAGCAGGACACUUACCACAAGUUCGCGGUCAUAGCGAGCUAUGUUUACCUUAAUUUCGACCCGGUCAACGAUUGGCAUCUACGAGAAUCCUCUCAGCGGUAUUCUGCUGAGAUCCUUGACAUUAUUCAUGCCCACAUCGAAAAGCUCACCGGUAUCCAGCUCUCGAUUCCGGACGCCUUGAAUCACCUUAGUAUUGGUGCUUCAAACAAGAGCCACGAUUUCUUAAAGAAAGUCAUUGACGCAAAUGGGAAGAAUAAUACCCGGCAUGAGUUGGCAGCACAAGUUUUCUCGGCUACCAUUCCCACUGCACCCCUCUAUUCUCAAGCGAUCGCAAAGGUUGUCGACUUUUAUCUCGCCAGGGAGCAAGCAGUGGCGCGACAAGAAAUCGUAAACCUGGCAAAUUCCAAAGAUAAAGACGCCCCCUCCAAAAUCCUGGCAUAUGUCCGUGAAGCAUUGCGAUUAAACCCUACUGUGGCAGGUGUUUACCGUACAGCCGCUCAGGAUGUCCUUGUUGGCUCAAAGCGAGUUAAUGCCACCGAGCACGCCUUUGCCAGCAUCGUGAAGGCGAAUUUAGACCCCGAAGUUUUCGGUCCCCACCCAUCUGUGGCUAGUUACUCUCGGCCAGCCGACAAGGCAGGCAUAACGACUAUUGGGGACUUUGGAUUGCUGUCGCCCGUCUUUUUUGACGCUACCGCUCCAGUGAUUCUUGGAAAAAUCCUAUCAUUAAAGAACUUGAAACCAGCACCUGGAAAAUCUGGUACCCUCCUCAGCUUCAAAGAAAAUUGGAACGGUACCCCGAGCACGCAGUACAUCAACACCGAGGGAAUCGUUGGACCAUUCCCGGACUCUCUGCUUGUUCAAUUCACACCAGCUUGA